AUGGAGUUGCUAGUCGAAACGUCACUCAUCCCUUUGGCAGUGUUGCUGCUACGAGGAAGUCUGUUCUCUUGGAGAUCCAAAUUACUACUUCUCUCAGGCACACUCGUCCUGCUUAAUGGGGGACGCCGCUGUGGGUGCUUCAUACCCCCCGAGGGGGCAACCGCGAAGGCCUGGCGGCUGUUCGUGUCCAAACCGGCACAGAAAAAAGCCAACCAACUGAAAACCAAAAUAGUGGUGAACAAAAAAAAAAAGGAAGAAAAUCUAAAAAGAAAAAUAAGUAAAGGAGUAGAAUUUAAAAGCUCAGCAAAGUAUAAGGUGAUUGAAGAUCUACUGGAAGGAUACCCAUUCACAUCGCUACCAGCCCCUGCACAGAGUGUGCAAAGGCUACCAUUCAUGUUGCUGAAGGGAAAAGUGAAAGGAGAAUUCUUACAAGGAAUGGAAUUACCCUUUGGUCUAAUUGACCCCGUAAAAUAUGAACUGCUAAAGUUAAUCGGUCGGUUAGGAGACCCUUUUAGAAACUUAUGCUCUCAUUCGAUGACACCAAGACUUCUUAUCGACGCUCUUUUCAAGAACCAACCUGAACUGACUUACGACGAAUUCUGUUACAGGUUGGAGUAUAGAAGGAGGUUUCUCAUGCCAUCCUACACAGACGUUUUCAUGUAUGAGAAGGAACUCCUCUGGCAGCAGUGGAUAGCUGUGCGGAAUUUGAAAGAAGUAUCCCCUGAAACACCAGAAGAGGAUCAUGAACGUGUUCAGAAGAUUCUAGAACCAGAUGAGACCACCAUGCCGAUCGUUAUGGUAAAGGUGAACAGAGAAAUAAGUAACCAGGGAAUCCAUCCAGCCGUUCUGAAAAUGUUCUUCGAUUUUUUAAAUGUAGACAGACGUCCAGAUAAACUGAGUCGAGACUAUGCUUUCCUAAAGUUAGAAUCCAUUAUGAGGAAACUUAAGAAUAGAGACUUCCUCGAGGGGAUCAAACCGGAUUACAUCUACUUCAUGUUGAACGAACGAGCGAAAGAAGCCUUCUCAUCCUACAACGAAAGUGAAUUUGAAAAGAGCUACCACGAAGCACUUAAUCACAACAAUAUGAAACAGAACCUCCUCUCACAAAACGCCACUUACAAAAAGGAAAGGAAACUCUUCUCGGAGAAGACAAAAAAAUCUCUCAUGAAAUUCUACGAUAUUGAACUUCCUUCCUUUUUCAAAGAUUAUGUUAAAAAGAAGGAAGAAAACUACAAGGUCAUUCACGCCAAGAUUAACCGAAUGAUCACAGGUAAGUACCUUAAGAGGAAACGUCGUAGGGAGGACAUCCUGGCUGGUCGCAUUACCCCAGAGGAGUCACCAGUAGGGGAUACCCCUGAGGAUGAUACGCAGCCCCGCAAGAAGAAGAAAAAGAAGAAGAAGAAGUGA